CAAUAUUUCGGUAAACCAUGUAAAUUCUGGAAUCUUCUGCACGCUGAUGAAUUUGAGUAGCCGAAAAUAAUCCACCGGCAUCAGCUUCGUAAACUACAUCUGAAAGUAUUUUUCUGCCAUUAUGGCUGGCACGGGUUCCAUUGCGUUUGAUGAAUAUGGUCGUCCAUUUAUCAUUGUUCGCGAUCAGGAAAAUAAGACCCGUUUAACAGGCAUUGAGGCCCACAAGAGUCACAUUCUUGCUGCCAAAUCAAUAGCCAAUGUUUUGAAGACAAGUCUGGGCCCCAAGGGUCUGGAUAAGAUGCUUGUAGGACCUGAUGGAGACUUAACAAUCACAAAUGAUGGAGCUACAAUUCUUAGUCAGAUGGAUGUCGAACAUCAGAUUGCAAAGCUAAUGGUCCAGUUAUCACGAUCACAAGAUGAUGAAAUAGGUGACGGUACAACAGGAGUUGUAGUUUUAGCUGGUGCUUUGUUAGAACAAGCUGAACAGUUGCUAGAUCGAGGAAUUCAUCCAAUCAGAAUAGCUGAUGGAUAUGAAAUUGCAGCUAAAGUUGCUGUAGAAACAUUAGAUAAAAUUAGUGAAAGAUUUGAGGUGGAUUUAAAGAAACCAGAACCUUUAAUCAGAUUAGCUAUGACAACCUUGGGAUCUAAAAUUAUUAAUCGUUGUCAUCGUCAGAUGGCUGAAAUAGCUGUUAAUGCUAUUCUAGCUGUGGCUGAUUUAGAUCGUAAGGAUGUUGAUUUUGAACUGAUCAAAGUAGAAGGCAAAGUUGGAGGGAAGUUAGAAGAUACAAUGUUAGUUAAAGGUGUUGUUAUUGACAAAGAUAUGAGUCAUCCACAGAUGCCUAAAGUUGUUAAAGAUGCUAAAAUGGCUAUCCUCACCUGUCCAUUUGAACCCCCUAAACCUAAAACUAAACACAAGUUAGACGUCACAUCAGUAGAAGAUUAUCAUAAACUGAGAGAAUAUGAAAUCAGCAAGUUUGAAAGUAUGGUUCAAUCGGUGAAGGAUAAGGGAGCUAACUUAGUUAUAUGUCAAUGGGGUUUUGACGAUGAGGCCAAUCAUUUAUUAUUACAAAAACAAUUACCUGCUGUACGGUGGGUUGGUGGUCCUGAAAUAGAGUUGAUUGCCAUAGCAACAGGAGGUCGCAUUGUACCAAGAUUUGAAGAAUUAACUCCAGAGAAAUUAGGUCAUGCUGGUAUUGUUAGAGAAUUAACAUUCGGUACAACAAAAGAACGAAUGUUGGUUAUAGAAGAAUGUAAAAAUUCUAGAGCUGUAACAAUCUUCAUCAGAGGUGGAAAUAAAAUGAUUGUUGAAGAAGCUAAAAGAAGUUUACAUGAUGCUUUGUGUGUUAUCCGUAAUUUAGUUCGUGAUGAUCGGGUUGUGUUUGGUGGAGGGGCACCUGAAAUUGCCUGUUCAUUGGCUGUAGCUUCUGCAGCUGACGAGAUUUCAACCUUAGAACAGUAUGCUGUCCGUUCAUUCUCCGAAGCCUUGGAAAGUAUUCCUUUAGCUCUAGCUGAAAAUAGUGGACAUGCACCUAUUCACACUUUGGCCGAGGUGAAGUCUCGUCAUGUGAAAGAGAAGAAUCCUAGACUUGGUAUUGACUGUCUACACCGAGGAUCAAACGACAUGAAGGAACAACAUGUUAUCGAGACACUGAUGGCUAAAAAACAACAACUUUUACUAGCUACACAAUUAGUUCGUAUGAUCCUGAAAAUCGAUGAUGUCAGAGUACCUAGUGAUGGCUUCUAGUGCUAGCAUUUAUUUAAUUUAUAUUUAAUUUGUACUAUUUUCAUCUCCAGUGCUACUUUGUAUAUGUAAAUUUCAUUUAUAAUUCAUGUAAAAGAAAAAAAAAAUACCCAAACAUUUUCUAUGUAAAAUUUAAAAAAAAUCAAAAACGGUUUGUCUUUCA